UGUCAAUGUAGUGUAUUGCUGAAGACAGACGACAAGCAAAGCAAGUAGGACGACACAAUUCGAGUUCAGUUCGGUUCGGUCGGCAGUUUAUGAGAAAAUAUGGGUGAAUUUCGCAAUAGUGUUAAAAACUCCAUCUGAUAUUUGUGUUUUGAUUUGUAUUCAAUGCAAUUUCGAUGACAGUUUUUAUUUCGUUUUAACAAUAUGUUCCUGUUUGGACUGGCCAACUACAAUGAACAAAACAUAGCUAAUAUAUCUACAAAGGAGAAAUGCAUAUAUUAUAACCGCACCACUGGGAGAAUUAUAACUCCAGCCUAUGAGGGUAUACCGGAGAAUCUCUUGCUAAACUUCCUAGGAUGGCUGAUGCUGAUUACAUUAUUUGCCUGCUUGAGGAAAAGAGCGUGGAACUAUGGCCGACUGGCUUUGGUACAAAAAAACGAAGAAAGAUGGACCCAGCUGUUUUACGGGACACUGGAUGAUGUGGUAGGAGCGACAGAGGUAAACUCUGUCACUUCACUUGACUCAACUGUACAUAUCGACCGGGGGUUCUGUUCAUGGAUCAUAGCGAUUUUUAAAAUUAAAGAUGAAAAUAUUUUGGCGAAGAGCGGAUACGAUGCCGUCCAGUACCUCUCUUUCCAGCGACAUAUCAUUGUUCUAGUGGCUAUAAUCUGUGUUAUAUCUUUGACUGUGGUGUUGCCUAUCAACUUCCAAGGUGAUCUGCAGACUGAAGAACGUUCUUUCGGUCACACCACUGUCAGCAAUCUGGACCCAAGCUCUAACUGGCUAUGGGUUCAUGUGACUCUGGCUCUUCUCUAUCUCCCUCUGGGGAUCUACAUCAUGAGACGUUUCUCUGUCAACCUCAAGGUGGAGGACCGUGACACUGUCUCACGCACUCUCAUGAUUUCCAACAUUCCUCGACGCUCCUGUGAUGCUGAUGACUUACAUAGGCACUUUCGGGAAGCUUAUCCAGAAUUUGAAGUGCAAGGAAUCCAGCUGGCUUACAAUAUUACCAAAGUUAGCCGUUUGGAUAAAGAAAGAGAAACUGCAUAUCAAGCUCGGCUGUACUGUGAUAACUACCUGAAGGACACAGGGGUGCGGUUGGAGAUGCGGCCGUACCUGUGUGGUAACAUCUGCGCAUGUUGUGACAUGUACGGCUGCCCAACUGUUGAUGCCAUCGAUUACUACACAGAUGAGGAGAGCCGGUUGCAAGCCCAGGUGGACCUUGAGAGGACAACAGCACUGAAGCGUCCUCUGGGUAUAGUGUUUGUGACGUUAGUGUCCUUGGCCGCAGCCAAGCGAGUCUACUCGGAUCACCAGCUCCGCUACGGCUGCACCAUCCACCCCCCGGACUCCUCAGUCAGCCGACGGCUCAAACCUCAUAAGUGGAAGGUGCAGUUCUCUCCUUCCCCCAGGGAUAUAUGCUGGGAGAACUUGUCUGUGUCGCGCAAAAACUUCUUCAUAAAGGCUGUGAUGCUCAAUGUGUUCCUGUUUGUUGUUCUAUUCUUCCUCACGACUCCUCCUGUUGUCGUUAGUGUCAUGGACACUCUAGUCUUCAACCAGGUUGAGAAAAUGGGUCCCGUGAUCUCAGAGUUCCUGCCGACACUGCUAUUGUGGACUGUGGCUGCACUACUUCCGGUCAUUGUGUCGCACUCCGAUGAGUGGCUCAGCCACUGGACAAGGUCACAGCGGAAUCACUCUAUCAUGCGCAAGACCUUUAUCUUCCUCCUGUUCAUGGUUCUCAUAUUGCCUGCGCUAGGACUCACCAGUGCUCAGGCGUUUGUACUGUUCGCCCUCCACUCGCACAAUGAGACCUAUCGCUGGGAGUGUUUGUUCAUGCCGGACAAAGGUGCUUUCUUCGUCAAUUACGUCAUCACCUCAGCAUUCAUCGGAACAAGCCUGGAACUGAUAAGAUUUCCUGAGCUGUUCGUCUAUGCACUUCGCUUGUGCUUGGCCAGAUCUAAAGCCGAAUCAGUGUCCCUUAGAAACACAAUCAUGUGGGAGUUUCCGUUCGGACUUCAGUAUGCCUGGAUGUUGCUCAUCUUCGCGAUGACUACAGUGUUUAGCUUGUCAUGUCCACUCAUCACACCAUUUGGUUUGCUGUACAUGGGGAUGAAGCACUGUGUGGACCGAUACAACCUAUACUUUGCUUAUGGUCCGAGCAAGAUCAGCACAAGGAUCCAUGCCACGGCCAUAAACUACGUGGUAGUCUCCAUCGUGCUGCUGCAGGCCAGCUUCAUGUUACUAUCCAUCAUGCGACAGGGGUUCAACUCCAUCUCAAUCUACGCUCUCACCGGCUUCGUACUGACUAUCAUCAUUGCGAUCUUGCACAGUAGUCUGCGUGUCUGCAGCGGUCUCAUCAGCCCCAUCUACCACCAGGCGAAGCCAGCUCCGAGUGCCAGUCCUAGUCUGAGCAGUCCCCGGCACGGUGGCGCGGCAAGACACCAGUUUGUGCCGGACGUGUUACUGCGCGGUGCUGCCAGCUCUGGCGAUCAGACCGCGCCGCGGCAGCCAGACCUGGUCACCGUCUACAGUCCAGGCGAAACCCUACAACGCAAUUACGGUACAGACUCCUCCCCACCCGACAAUGAGCGAUACCAGAACUACGACGAUGCCAACACUGAGGCAUAAGUGCAAUUAAUUGAUUGCUGUGUAAUCUCGCAUUCCUGUCACUCUACUAGUCACUGUUACUUCCUUUAUAAAUAUAUUUAUUUUUAUAUGUCUUGUGCUUGUAAUGUUUGUUGUUGUCAUUGAAUUUCCUUGAUUAUUUGAUUUGUUCAUUUUUUAAAGAUUAAAAAAAUGGGUACUGCAAUGACUUUUUCCAUAACUUCAAGAGUUCCAUUUGAAUUUUUCUUUAGAAUUUCGUUAACACGAUAAAUUUGUCAAACUAAUUAACCCUUUGAGUGCCAAGUAUUUAUUCAGUGCGUGUACUGAAAAGUGCCAGGUGUUUUUCUAGUGGGUGCACCUAAAAGUGCCAGCCCUUUUGAAGGCAUUUUGCAAGGUUUCAUUAAAAAAUUCACAGUUUGAUUAUAAUAAGCUAUCAGCAUCCUCUUUUUGUAAUUUUUCUUUGAAAACUCUGCUUAAUUAACAUAAAAUAACAAAAAUACCAUAAAAUUAAAUUUAAGAAUAUCAAAAAUAGACUUACAUCAAAAAAUUCCAGAAUUUAUUUAAAUUUAAUUUUUCAACCUAAUUAUCAUUACCAAAAAACUCAUAUCUUUUUUUGUCCAUAUCACUGGAAAGAGUAUUCAAUUAUCUAUAAAUCUUGAAAAAUGUAUAUUAUCUUCAAUAAUGAGUGAGUUAUAGCAACAUGUAAGAAACUAAUGUCACAUUGUUUCUGAUAGCCAUGUCAACCAAAAAUGUUUAUAUGUGAGUUCUAGAUUGGUUUUCUUUAAAGUCAAUUGAUCGGAAGUGUACUAUAACAAUUUAUUUUAAAAAGAACAGUUCUUCACAAACAAUUUAUUAUAAUAUUCGUUUAAAAAUAUUAAGUUUUUUAUUUUUAGUGUUUUUUUUCCUGAACGUCCGGUAAAAUCGGACGUUGGCAUUCAAAGGGUUAAUUGUCUAAUGUACAGCUUUAACAAUUAUUAGUCUUGCAUGUACUAUAACACUUAUCUUGUACUAGAACUUUCUAUUCAUCAAAGUGUGGGUUAUUCUUUGUCUCAAAUCUUUGAUAAAUCAGGUCUAAUGUGAUAAUGUUUUGUUGUGAUUAUCUUAUCAAUUUAAUUUACCUGUGAAAACGAAUCAAGUAAUCAAGGAUCCUCUCAGAAUAAUUGAUAAAAUGUUGGCUUGUUAAGAGACAUGUUUAUAACAGUUGAUUGCUUUGAUAAUCAGCCCUCACACACAAGCUUGCGUGUAAGUACUGCGAUUGUUUGCUAGUGAGACACCAAGCAGUCUUUCACCGUACUUUAAUUGUAACAUUAACUGUACUUUAUAAUUAUUGUUGACAACUUCUAUCAUUUGUAACGGUUCGUAAGUACAUUUUCUUAUUCAGUAACACAGGAAUAUUGAUGUAACGUGUUUAUCAUCAUCGUGGUAAAAUUUAAGCAUAAUUCAAACAGUAUUUGAUUUAGUAUACUCACAUUCUGUUAGUUGUUGAUAUUGUUAAAAAUUAUAACAACGUAACAGAUAUAAUAAUUAGAACUUAAUUUGUUACGUUUAACUUUGCUGUUUUGUUUUUAUUGUCUAAUUUAUGUUAAUGUAAUAUAAUACUGUAUUGUUUGUUUCUGUAUGCACAAAUCCUAUAAAAUUAUAUUCAUUUCUAUACUCUAUGUCAUUUUCCAUGAAAAGAAUUUUUCUAAGAUUUAAAAAAUUGUUUUUGCUAACAUCACUGAAUUUUAAUAAUUGAUGAAAUUAAAUUAUUUAGAUGAGAACUCUCCUUCAUUAUGGUAUCAGUAUUUCAUUAUAUCAGUUAUGAAGAGUUUGGAUCAGAAAUACAUUAUGUUUUAUGAUGCAGUGACAAUAAUUUUACUUUGAAACUCAGUUUAAAUAUUUCUAAAUCUGUGUUUGACAAACGUUUCCAUUGUUCUUGUUAUAUACAAGUGUGCAUUGCUUGUUUUUUUAGAAGUAUAAAUUUUGUUCUCGUGUAAUAAGUGUUAUGCCCAGAAUGUUAUUUAUUGUAGAGCAAGUAGUUUAUGGGUCACUUCCAAGUUUAGUGGAAAAUCAGUACCUACAUUAACUGUGUGUGAAAUUUUUCUCUAAAACUUAGGAGCACUAUAAAUUGUUUAUUUAUUAAUUAGAAAAGCGAUAUAUGUAUGCCACACUAUGUACAGUGCAUUUUUCUUCCUAUUUCUGUUAGUCUACAAUUCUCUCUGUGUGCUUCCUUUAGUUGUAUUGUUUUUAACUACUGAUAGAAGUUUACCUGUACUAGUUUUUUGAAUUUCCAGCAUUUUUGUACAAGGAUAGAUAUGUGUAGAAUUUAGUGUGAUAUGUAGUAAAAUGCCAAUUUUUAAGGCACAGUUAAAUUUUGUACAUAAUGAAUUUUGAGUUUACAUCUAAUGGUUUGUGGCUAAACUUCUGAAUUUUUUAAUAAAAGAAAUUAUUUGUUCUAUUUUUUGGUUGUCAUUUAUUUCAUUUGGCAAUGGAAAGUAAUAAACACGGAAUUUUCACAUUUUUUUAAUUAUCGUAUAAAAUGCUAGUUGAACAGUUUUUAAUCGUUUUUGCAUGGAAAGUUUAUUUAUACUUCAUGAAGACUGUUUAACAGUUUUAAAUCGACUACUUCUAUUUAAUUGUAUGUACUUUUGUAGUUUUUUAUAAUUAUGGAAGUUAUUUGGAUCAAAUUUACUUCAUAUCAGUUUAUACUGUUCAUUUGCUUUCAUAACUAUAUUACAACCGCAUGUUAUUUAUGUUAACAAAUAAAGAAAGAAAUAUCUAGUUUUCAUAUUUUCUUAUUGAAUUAAUAGGCACUAGCCAUGGUUUUUGUACACUUUACCCACAAGUAAAUAUUUCAAUCUUAUUCUCGUCAAUAUUUGAAUAAUUUAAAACUAGCAAUAGAGCCCCUUGUGAUUUAAUACAAUAGCUUCUAGAAAAUUUAGAUUCAAACGACCAAUCAAAUAAAUCACAAAAUGAUAUGAUAUAUGAUGAAUGAUAUAUAUAUGGAAUCUCCCAAUUCAAGGAGCUUGACUGUUUAUAGCCUGAAAGCCCCAUCACAAAGCCACAAUUAGGAUUGUCCUGAGACAUUCCAAACUUGUAACAGAAGGAAUUUGUUUUACAAUCUCAGUUAUUGAUUUUUUUCAGUGUGGAUUAUUAUGCUCAUGGUUUUUUUAUGUUCAACAAUAGUAAAAACCAAUAUUGUCAAGCUACGUAAAGGGACAAACUUGGCUUACUAACACAUAUUUUUAUGGUUAAGUUUUGAAACUCUACUGCAAUAUAAUGGUAAUUCGGAGCAUGAAAAAUUGUUGUUUUAAAAAAAAUUCAAAUCUUGUGGUAAAGUUUUAUUCGAAUUACUGUUCAAGUAUUUUAAAAUUCUAAUCUUACAUUUUUGAAAAGUGCACAUCCUUACCUAGAAUUUAAAUCUCCAAUAACCAUAAUGUUUCAAAUACAAAAAAAAAAUGCUUUUCUGUACUUUUUGUUGUUUAUUCUGAGCUUCCAAGUGGUCCACUUUGGGCUUUUGCCACCGGUCUACAUUAUGAGUGACGGCUCUAACCACGAAUGUGUUAUAAUCACUGCAAUCAACUAAUAUACAAUAUAAUGUGGUUCAAAUGCCAUCUGCGGGGAGAUAAAAACUGAAGAAAGUAAUUUUCAAUGUUUUUAUGGAAAUUUAUUUUAUUUUUCAUCAAAAAUAUUUCCAAAAUCCAAUUUUUUAUGCGUGUUCUGAUAAAAAUCUAUUUAUUGGAACUUGAUAUUAGAUCAAUUUUAAACUGAAUUGAUAAUAGUUUUGAUUAUUAAAAUAAUAUAUGUCACAUAUGUGUUAAAAUAAAAUAGUAUGAUCAUUUGAAAAUCAACAAAAACUACUCAAGAACAUUAUUGAAGUGUGACAUGUGAUUAAAAUGUUUUUUAAGAAAAUUAUGUAUAUAUGAAUUUUCUAUAAUUUCAUUAAUCACAGCUUUCUAAAAAUCUGAUAAGGUAUUUUAAGCUGUUUGGUUGUUUCUAUUUUCCUUAAAUGCAGUCUUGCCAGGUAACAAAUUGUAUUUGUUUUGUUGUAUUUAUUGAUUAUCGAACUUGGAUACCAAAAGCCCCAGGAGCAGAAAGCUCUCAGAGCCUGAAUAUUCCCAGAAGUUUGUAGCUACCAGAGGUCAAUAGGGUGAGAGCUUCUAGAGGCUAAAAUCCCUCAAGGGCCAGGAGCUUCCAAAGACAUGAAGAUGCUAGAAUCCAAGAACUCUCAGAGGCCAUGAGUUGCCAAAAGCUGUGACUUCUUGCAGACCAAAAGCUCCCAGGGCCCUUGAGUUCCUAGAGACUGAGAGCUGUCAGAGUCUCGGACUUCCAAAGACAGGAAGCUGUCAGAGGCCAAAUUUCACAGAGGCCAAGUGCUUCUAGAGGUCUGUAGCUGCCAGGGACCUGAAGCUUAAUAGUAUUCCAGGGAUAGUUUAAUUUGUAUUUUAGAGGCUUUCAAGAACCAGGUGGUUCAGUUUUCAAAAGUUUCCAUUUUCCAUCAGUAUUAUUAACUAAUAUGGAAAUCUUCUACCUGAACUUCUAGCUGAAAAGCCAUAUGGUCCUGUCUGAUUUAGAAGUUUGAAUGAAACUAUAAAUAGGAUGUGUUCAAUAUUGACCUAAUUAUGAUCAUGUAAUUUUUCUUUAGUUUUGAUGUUUAACAAUUUAUGUAUAACUAACUAGCGAGUUAUAGUAUUUGGAACUAUGGAUUAUUAAAAAGUUUAAAUUAAAGAAUAUUACUUCUAGUCAUGCCUUUUUAAAGCCAAUGUACCCUUUAGUAUUUAAAGUGAAAAUCUCAUUAUUAUAGUAGCAUAAUUAUAAUGUAUGUGUAAAAUUAAAAUUCCCCAAAUAAUCUAUUUGUGAAUUAAGAAAAAAAACCAUUAAAUGGUAUUGUACUAGCAGUUUUCCACGGCUUCGCAUGUAAUUUCAUUUUGAAAAACAGACACCAUGAGCAUAUUAUUUUUAAACAUUAUUCCAAGCAAUCCUUUGGUAAGUGGUAGUCACUGAAAGAUAUUCUAAUCUCUUGUUCCAUUUUAGAUAUAAGUUUAAAGAUGGGGCUCUGAAGUCAGAGAGUGAAACUUUUUUUAUAAGCACCUCUGAAAUUUCUCUUUAAUAUUUCAUGAUAUUUUAUUGAAUAGCUCCAAAGGUUUCUGUAGUAAUUGAACUAUUUUAGGGCAGUGUGGAGAAAUCUUGAGUCUAAAGGGAGACUAAAGUCGAAGUCCUUAGCUUUUCAGUCAUCACACGUAUGAUGUAAUAAAUUAUGGUAUUUUACAUAGUUGAUUAAAAUGCAAAUAAAACGAACCAUAGACAAGGAUGCAUGUAAAAAGCAUUGUUAGGUCUUUACAUUUUUUGUAAAGUGAAUACUUUUAUAGUAUUUAAUAGAAAGAAUACAAAAAAGUUUGAAUUUUUUCUAACUAACCAAUUAAUAUGUCCAAAAACGAGUUUGGAUUCAUAUUAAGUGUACGUUUAAAUGAGACACCCUCCACUACUCUAUAACCACAAAAUGGGCAUAAAAGUGUUUAGAUUUAAUAUUGUUAUUAUGUGGCUAAAAUAAAGAUGGCUGCUAGUACAACAGGCUUUUUGCAUCAUUGAAUAUUGUUGAGUAAAAUUUGGUAGCACAUCAAAAGUUUAUGAUGUAUGAAAAUUUUAAACAACAUACAGUUAAAACAUUUUGCUGAGAUUUACCAAUUUUAUUUUUUAUUUUAAAUGUUCAAAUAAUUUUUGUUAUGUAAGGUAGUGCAGCAAUAAAAGCAGUGAUGUUCAUAUCUGCUCAGAAAAUACUGGAGAUCCACCAAUUUUGUUUCCGUACAGCCAUUUUGGUUACUGGUAAUGAAACGUGCCCAUGGCUCUCAUUAAAAAGCUUAUGUAAUUUAACAACAUUUAAAAACAGACAAAAAUGCAAGAAUGGGACUUGUUUCUGUAGCUCCAAUGCCUUUCAAUUACUAAUAAUUGUGUGCUUAACUAACCUGCAGGUUACCAAAUUAGGUUGUUUUUACUAUAGUUAGGUGUAUUUUGUUAUUUUUUGUGUAAUUGUUCUCGAAGUGUGAUGAUAUUUGUAGUGUAAUGCAAGUUUUGGAAUAAUGGCUUUAAAAUUCAGCACUAUAUAAUUUAUUCUUAGUUUUAACUUAACUACAUUGCUGUUUGUUAUUAUUUAUUAAUACAGUAGUACAUAAGUAGGCAUACUAAUUUUGUAUAAAUUGGUCCUCACUGUUGAUUGUAUUAAGAUACCUUGAUUUUAUUAUUUGUACAUCUUAAUAUAUGUAUUUUUAAGGCAACUGUGUAAUAACUUUAAUUGAAAAAUUAAUUUUAUUGCUAAUUAAACAAACACUUGUGUAGAAAGCAUCUGA